GAACCGAACGGAACCGAGCGGAGCCGAACGGAGCCGAGCAGGAGCCGAGCGGGGCCGGGCAUGAGGAGCGGCGGGCGGUGGGACCGGCAGCGCCCCCCGCCCGGGGCCGGUUCUUCACGGGGAGCCCGGCGGAGCCUCCGGUGAGCGGCUGCUGGCCCCCGGCUAUGCGGUGGUGGCUGCGAGCAGCCGUCCUCAGCCUCAUCGCCGGCGCCGACGGCACCGGGCAGAACGAGCCCCGGUCCGUGGUGGGUCGGGUCGGGCAGAGCACGGUGCUGAGCUGCGGCCUCCCCGGAGCCCUCGAGAACCGGCCCCCGCUGUACGUGAUCGAGUGGGUCCGGUUCGGGUUCGUCCUCCCCAUCUUCAUCAAGUUCGGGCUCUACUCCCCCCGUGUGGACCCGGAGUACGUCGGUCGUGUGCGGAUCGAGGAAGGAGCCUCACUGCGCAUUGACCUCCUGCGUGCCGAGGACCAGGGUUGGUACGAGUGCCGUGUGCUCUUCCUGGACCGGCACAGCACCGACGCCGACUUCCAGAACGGCACCUGGGUGCAUCUCACCGUCACCGCUCCUCCCACGUUCCUGGUGACCCCCCCGGCACUGGUGGAGGUGCGGGACCGGGAUGCUCUGAGCCUGACCUGCACGGCCAUCGGCAACCCCCAGCCUGUUGUCAGCUGGAGGAGGAGCGACCUCCCCAUCCGGAACGGGGCCGCGGUGCAGGUGAGGAAUGGGACGCUGAGCAUCGCCGCAGUGGAGCUCGCCAGCGCCGGCACCUACACGUGCCAUGCGUCCAGCAAGGAGGGCACCAUCACCCACACCACCCGUGUGCUCGUGCAGGGGCCGCCCGUCAUCGUGGUGCCACCCCAGAACAUCACCGUCAACGUCUCCCAAGAUGCCUUCCUGGCGUGCCAGGCUGAGGCUUACCCAGGGAACCUCACCUACACCUGGUUCCAGGGCAGCACCAACGUCUUCCACCUCAGCCACCUCCAGGCUCGGGUCCGUGUGCUGGUGGACGGGAGUCUCCUGCUGCAGCAAACGACCCCGGAUGAUGCUGGCAAGUACACCUGCAUCCCCAGCAAUGGGCUCUGGAAGUCGCCUUCAGCCUCAGCCUUCAUCACUGUGCUGUAUCCAGCGCAGGUGACCACAAUGCUCCCCGAGACCCACUUACCCAAAGGGAUGCAGGGAGUGAUCCGCUGCCCAUCCCGAGCCAACCCCCCCCUGCUCUCUGUGCACUGGACCAGGGAUGGGCGCCCGCUGGAGCUGGAUAAGCUCCCCGGCUGGUCCAUGAGACCCGAUGGCUCCAUCGUCAUCGCGACAGGGAACGAUGAUGCUCUGGGGCUCUAUACAUGUACCCCCUACAACAGCUACGGCACUGCCGGCACCUCCCGGCCCACCCGUGUGCUGCUGAAGGACCCCCCAACCUUCACAGUGCGCCCCAAGGAGGAGUACUUCCAGGAGGUGGGCAGGGAGCUGGUGAUCCCGUGUGCAGCCCAUGGUGAUCCCUCACCCACCAUCACAUGGAUGAAGGUCGGCAGUGCAGGGAAGAGCUGGGGCAGUGCCCAUGUGGAUGGGAACAGCAGCCUCGUGUUCCAGCCGCUGGGCAAGGAGCAGCAUGGACCCUGGCAGUGCGCGGCCACCAGCGCCGUGGCCACCGUCACUGCCGUCACCACCGUCCAUGUGCUGGGCACCAGCCCUCACGCUGUCACCAACGUCUCGGUGCUCCCACUCCCAUUGGCUGCCAAUGUGUCCUGGGAGCCUGGCUUUGAUGGAGGCUACUUCCAGCGGUUCAGCGUCUGGUACACACCACUGGUGAAGCAUCCCCCCCGUGCUCAUCACGACUGGGUCGCGCUCUCGGUGCCGCCAGGGGCUCAGCACCUCUUGGUGGAGAACCUGCAGCCGGACACCAGUUACCAGUUCAGUGUCCUGGCCCAGAACAAGCUGGGCAGUGGCCCCUUCAGCCAGAUCAUCACCUCCAUGGCCAGGGGCAUCCCAGUGACCACAGUGCCUCCGGAGCCACCGGCCGUGACGGUGCCGGUGCUCCUGUCCCCCCCGCGGGCGCUGAGCGCCAACACCACAGCCCGGGGGGUGCUGCUGCGGUGGGAGCCCCCAUUGCGGCGCUCCACAGCCCUCAGUGGCUACGCGCUGGAGCUGCGGCAGGACCGCGGCGCUUGGGAAGUGCUGGAUCGCUCCAUCCCCAGCACGAAGACCCAGGUCCUGGUGCCGGGACUCAUCAAGGAUGCCUUCUAUGAGUUCCGACUGGUGGCCUUUGCUGGCAGCUACAUCAGUGAUCCCAGCAACACGGUGAACGUCUCCACCGCAGGCAUGGAGGUGUAUCCAUCCCGCACGCAGCUGCCCGGGCUCCUGCCGCAGCCGGUGCUGGCCGGGGUCAUCGGUGGCAUCUGCUUCCUCAGUGUGGCCAUCAUCUUCAGCACCGUGGCUGCCUGCAUCAUGAACCGGCGCCGCGCCGCACGCAGCCGCAAGCACAGGCAGGAUCCACCACUCGUCUUCUCCCCCAGCAAGAAGCUUCCACCUCCACACAAUUCUGGCUCUGGUAGCCCCGACAGCACCGUGAAGCUGAAGCUGCAGCCGUCUCCCUACCGGAGCCUGCACCGGACGCUGCUGUGGGGCGAGAAGGCCGGUACCAGCCUGGGCCUGAGCAUCGCGGGCUCCCGGUACGGCGAUGGCAGCACCGGGGAGCACGUGCCCCUGGAGCGGAUCCGCCGCGGCCCCGACGGCCGCUUCGUGGUGGAACCGGAGCCCCCAGCACCGCAGGCUGAGCCCUGCCUGCAGCAGGAGGAGGAGGAGGAUGAAGAUGAGGAGGAGGAGGAGGAGCCCAUCUGGCGCAAGGGGGUCUCGCUGCGCCCCCGGCCCCCGGGGCAGCCCCCCCGGGGCUCCUGGAGCAGCCGCCGGGGCCGGUACUUUGGUUAUGGCAGCAGCAGCAGCCCCGUGUGCGGCUCCUCCACCGCCUUGUGCAUCAUCGACGUGAGCCCCGUGGCCUCCGCCGCCACUUUGCCUUAUGGCACCGCCGAGGGGCCAUGCACCGGCCCCGGCAGCGCCCUAUGGGACUCGCUGCCCCUCGAGGGGCCGCCCCCCAGCCCCACUGUGCCCCCCAGCCCCACUGUGCCCCCCAGCCCCACUGUGCCCCCCAGCCCACCCCCCCUGCCCCGCAGCAGCAUCCUCCAAUUCCUGAGCCUGCCCUUCUUCAAGGAGAUGUGUGUUGAUGGUGAGGAGCCACCGGAGCCCGGCACCACCACACCGGAGCCCCCGGCUCCAACACCGGGGCCCCAGGGCUCCCCGGAGCGUGUGGGGCGGACGCUGUGCCCGGACUGCAUUGACCCAUGUGCCAAAGCCACCACGUUCCUGGAGCCCCCCAGCCUGCCCCUGGGUCCUGCCAAGGCAUCGCUGCCUGGCACCGCAGCCUGGCCUGGCAGCACCAAGACUGAGGCCAUGGCCGCGGCUGGCACCGCACAGCCUGGUUGGGUACCACCGGCCAAGGCACCGGAUGCGCCGGUGCUGGAGAAGCUGGCACGGGGCAGCCUGACAAGCCAGAGCAGCGGCCGUGGCAGUGCCUCCUUCCUGCGCCCACCGUCCUUGGGGGGCAACGGCCCCAGCACCCCCCCGGGCUGGAGCGGAGCCGCGGUGAGGAUGGAUCCGGCUCUCGGCAGCGCCGGGAAGAGGAGGAACACAUCAGUGGAUGAGAACUAUGAGUGGGAUGCGGAGUUCGCGCUGGAAUCCGACAUCCUGGAAGCGCUGCAGCUCUACCGCGGUGGGACCACGGCCCGGCCUGGCUCCACCAUAGCCCUGCGGGACCUGGAGCAGCAAAGCAUGGCAAACCGGGGACCAUCGUACGGGCUGAGCCGGGAGGUGCAGCAGAAGAUCGACCGGCAGUACGACCCCGAGCUGGAGCAGGUCCUGGUGCGGUGGAUCUUGGCACAGUGCGGUAGUGACGUGGCACAACCGGCACCGGGCAGGGAUGGCUUCCAGCAGUGGCUCAAGGAUGGCACCGUGCUGUGCCGGCUCAUCAACAGCCUGCACCCGCGCGGGCAGGGCCCCGUGGCCAAGGUGCAGGCAUCGGCCAUGGCCUUCAAGCAGAUGGAGCAGAUCUCACAGUUCCUGCAGGCAGCCGAGCGCUAUGGCAUCGCCGCCACCGACAUCUUCCAGACCGUGGACCUGUGGGAGGGGAAGAACAUGGCGUGCGUGCAGAGGACCCUGAUGAACCUGGGCAGCCUGGCCGUGGCCAAGGGCGAUGGGCUCUUUGUGGGAGACCCCAACUGGUUCCCCAAGAAGUCGCAGGAGAACCGACGUGUCUUCUCCGAGGACAAGCUGAAGGAAGGGCAGAGCGUCAUCGGGCUGCAGAUGGGCACCAACCGCGGCGCCUCGCAGGCCGGCAUGACCGGCUAUGGCAUGCCGCGGCAGAUCCUCUGAGCAUCCCCCCCACGCCGGACCCCAAACCGCCUGUGCCUCGUGUCCCCCCCCCCCAGUACAUUCCAUUGUGGACCAGCCGGGUGCCCCCCCCCCCCCCCCGGCCCCCCCAUUCCCGGUAUUCCAGGACCAAAAAUUGUUUUUAUAUUAUUAUUAUUUGGCCGGUGCCGCUGCACCCGCCCCCCCCCCUUCCACAAGUGCCUUUGGGGGUCACGGUGCCCCCCCCCCAAUGCUGUGUUGGGGGGAGGCACCCCCCCUGCACCCCAAUAAACGGCUCCUCUUGUA